AUGAGUCGCAAGGGGGGCAACUACAGAGAGGAGGGUUUGGCCAUUCAGAACAAAGGCAGCGUUGUUUUUGUUCAGACUGACAAACCCAUCUACAAACCUGGACAGGAAGUGCUCUUCCGAAUUGUUUCUCUAAAUACGCGUUUCGAACCUGAUCCUCAAACUUAUCCUUUGGUCACCGUUCAGGAUCCCCAGAGGAACCAGAUAUUUCAGUGGAGAAAUGUAACAUCUGAGAUCUCUAUUGUUCAGCUCUCAUUCUCAAUAAUUUUGGAGCCAAUUCUGGGAGACUAUGAAAUCAUCGUGCAGAGUCAAUCGGGAGCUAAGACCUCUCAUUUCUCUGUCGAGGAAUUUGUAUUACCAAAGUAUGACAUCACUAUCAGUGCACCGAAAACAGUCUCUGUGGAGAAUCCAGAUUUCAUUGUGAAGGUGUGCGGCAUGUAUACCUAUGGGCAGCCAGUUCAGGGAACUCAGCUCAGUGUGUGCAGAAAUCUCAAUUUUUAUGGAACUUGCAAGAGGGACCCUGUCUGUGAAUCUGUUAAUAAAGAACUGGGCAAAGAUGGCUGCCUUGCCCAUGUCUUCAGUUCCAACUUUGAGCUUAAUCGUUCAGGGUACUGGAGGAACCUAGAUGUGAAAGCCAUCGUCACGAGAAAGGGCACAGGGAUACAGAGUGAACGUUCAGCCUACAUUUCAGUUUCUCGGAUACUGGGGACUGUGACAUUUCAGAAUAUGGACCGGGACUAUAAAAGGGGGAUCCCCUAUUGUGGUCAGAUAAAACUGGUUGAUGUUGAUGACUCUCCCCUUGGAAAUGAGAUUGUCCAACUACAAGUCAACAACAAAAAUGUGGGCAACUACAGCACCGAUGGAAACGGCACCGCUGAAUUUUGCAUUGAUACCUCAACGUUCUUUAGCUCGGAUAUCUCUCUCAGACUAAUAUACAAACCCAAUGAAAAUUGCAACAGUGAUGGCUGGUUAUUACCCUACUAUCCAGAGGCCUAUUAUUCAGUCCAGCGCUUCUACUCCAGAACAGAUAGUUUUGUGAAUAUACACCAAGUGCCAGAAGAGUUGCCAUGCGGCCAAUGUGCAAGCCUCUUUAUCGUCUUCUCUCAAAGCCCUCUGCCAGGAGCCUUCAGUUUCAGGCAGUUGCCAGCUGAUGAUCCCAGCUUGUCUCUCAUUGUUCUCCAUGCAGAUGAUUUGGGAGCUUCCAAAGGCCACUUUUACAUCUCACUUUCUGUCGAUCCAAACAUGGCUCCCGUUGCCACGCUGCUGGUCUAUACUCUACAUCCUGAGAGGGAGGUGGUUGCUGAUACUGCCAGAUUCGAGAUAGAGAAGUGCUUCCACAAUAAGGUCAGCCUCCAGUUCUCCGUGAAGGAAGCUCUUCCAGCUUCAAAUGUCAGCCUCCAUAUCAAAGCUGCUGCCAACUCCCACUGUGCUCUGCGAGCUGUGGACCAGAGCGUUCUUCUCUUGAAGCCAGAGACAGAAUUGUCAGCUGAAAGUGUCUACAGUCUCCUUCGGUAUGAUAUGUUUGAUUACUACUUCAAUGGGCUCAACCUAGAGGAUGAUCCCCAAGAGCCUUGCAUUCCACCAGAAAACGUAUUUUAUAAUGGCUUGUAUUAUGCUCCUGCUAACAUAAACUAUGGACCAGAUAUCUAUGGACAAAUAAGAGCUACGGGUGUAAAGUUUGUAACCAACUCCCGGCUUCGGCAACCAGUUAUAUGCUCCAGUGGCAGUGGCCCUUUUCGGCCUUUUGAUGAGUCAUUUGGUCGUUUUGCCACAACCACAUCUGGUCCUAUCUUUGCAGAAUCUGCACCACCACCACCUCCUCCUCCAGGAGAUGUAUCUCUAGAUAAAGUUAUUGAGACUGUUCGGAAGUUCUUCCCUGAAACUUGGAUAUGGGAACUGUUUGGUAUUGGUUCAGAUGGACAUGCAGAACUCACCUACAUCGUUCCUGAUACCAUCACAGAGUGGAAAGCCAGUGCCUUCUGCUUGGAGAAGCAGGCUGGGUUUGGCAUCUCAAAGCCUGCCACCCUGAUUGCCUUCCAGCCAUUCUUCGUGGAUAUAACGCUGCCUUACUCCAUAGUUAGAGGGGAAGAUUUCCUCUGUAGAGUCAAUGUCUUCAACUACCUGGAGGGAUGCAUUCAGGUCAAGGUAUCAAUGGCCCAAUCUCAGGAUUUCCAAGCCCAUCUUCUCUCACCUUUGAAUGAUAACGGAUGUGUGUGUGGUGGUGAGAGGAAAACAUAUAUUUGGAAUAUUAGCGCUAAAAAACUUGGUGAUGUGACCUUGUCUGUUACUGCUGAAGCUCCAAAAGACAGCGGGGACUGUGGAAAUGGAACAUCUGGGGGCUUGGAUGUGGGACGGAAGGACACCUUGAUCAGAAACUUGCUAGUCGAGCCUGAAGGCAUUGAAAGAGAACUAACUCAGAGCAGCCUUAUCUGUGCAAAAGGUGCUGUCGUCUCUGAGCCAGUGUCUCUGAAACUCCCUGAAAAUCUGGUGGAAGGAUCAGCCAGAGCUUACUUCUCUUGCAUAGGAGACCUCAUGGGCACAGCCAUGCAGAACCUUCACCAACUUCUCCGGAUGCCCUAUGGCUGUGGGGAGCAGAACAUGGCGCUCUUUGCACCCAUCAUUUACGUCAUGGAAUAUCUAAAUGCAACAGGACAACUGGAUGAGGAGACCAAAUCCAAGUCCAUUGGAUACUUAACCGCUGGGUAUCAGAGACAGCUGUCUUAUAAGCACCCAGAUGGGUCCUACAGUGCCUUUGGGAGCAGGGACAAGGAAGGCAACACCUGGCUCACUGGCUUCACGUACAAGUCUUUUGCAAGAGCUUCACAUACCAUUUUUAUUGAUCCAAAUGUCCAAACUCAAAGCGUCAUCUGGCUGUCCAGCAAGCAAAAAUCAGAUGGAUGUUUCCAAAAUGUUGGAAAACUCUUUAACAACGCAAUGAAGGGAGGAGUACAAGAUGAGCUUUCACUGUCGGCCUACAUCACUGCAGCUCUCAUUGAGUCUGGAUUCCUUAGCUCGCAUCCAGUGGUCCGAAAUGCCUUGUAUUGCUUGGAGGCUGGAUUAGAAAAGGGAAAUAUCACUGUCUAUGACAAAGCACUUCUUGCUUAUGCCUUUCGCCUAGCUGGUAAUAAGCCCAAAGCAGAUCUCUUAUUGGAUGAGCUGAUUAAAUCGGCUACGAAAGUGGGUGGCUCAUUAUUUUGGGAGCGUGAGGAUAAGCCACCUGCAGAAGAGUCUCCUUCCUUCUACCCUCGUGCCUCAUCGGUUGAGGUCGAGAUAGCUGCCUAUGUGCUCCUCGCACUGCUCACCGGAACCACACCGACUCCAGCACAACUGACAACAGCUUCGCAGAUUGUGCUUUGGCUUACCAAGCAGCAGAAUCCUUAUGGAGGCUUCAGCAGCACCCAGGAUACGGUAGUGGCUAUACAAGCUUUGGCUCUGUUCAGCCAAUAUACCUUCUCUAAGGAUGGCCGGAACUCAGUCAGGAUCCAUUCCAACAAGCCUUUUGAGAGAAUCUUUGAAGUGAACAAUGACAAUCGCCUGUUGCUGCAGCGGACUUCCCUGCCUGACGUUCCAGGAGAGUAUACAGUGGAUGUGAAUGGCACUGGGUGUGUCUUUGCACAGGCAGUUAUGAGAUACAACGUCCUCCUUCCCAAAAAGUCUUCUGGGUUUUUCCUCUCUGUGCAGACGGCAAAUGUCUCUUGUGGAGACACCUUCCAGACAAAGUUUGCCAUUGCCAUCACAGCCAGAUACACCGGGAAGCGCAAUAGCUCCAACAUGGCCAUCAUUGAUGUGAAGAUGCUUUCAGGCUUUGUACCUGACCAGGCGUCCCUGCAAAAGCUUCGUGAUGACAGAAUUGUGAUGAAAGUGGAAAGCAAAGAAAACCAUGUCAUCAUCUAUCUGGACGACCUGUCAUCCAAGGGAAUCAGUUUCAGCUUCAUAGUUGCCCAAGACCUUCCAGUUUCAAAUCUCAAACCAGCCUCGGUGUGGAUGUAUGACUACUAUGAAACAGAUGAAAUGGGUAUUGCUGAAUACACGUUCCCUUGCCAUGCUGAUGAUCCUUGAACCCUUUGGAUAAUCUGGAGAAAGACAAAGUUAUGUCGUCAUGAAAAGAUAUUCCUCAAUUAAGUCUGCAGCCAUCCUAAGGGAGGUGCUCAAGGAGAAUCAUAUUUGUUAAACUAUUUAGGUCUUGGAAGAAAAUCA